GGUGGGGAGCCCCUGACAAGCUGAAGCUGCGUUGCUAACAAAUAACUUUGGCGACCCGUCCCCCCCGCCGCCAGCGCGCAACAACUUGACCCGAAAUAGAGACGACCGCAUAACCUCGGACCCGUCUCCACGUCAAUACGCGGAAAAGGCUACCGACCACCACCACCACCACACACGAUGCCGUUGGACGAGUACGCAUCGGCCGUCGGUGGCGGUCUCAAACUGAAGGGCGCCAAGGUCGGCAAGCCCAAGAAGAAGAAGAGAAGGGAAAAGAGCGACCUGGAGAAGAAUCUCGAGACGGGCGACGAAGGCGGCGCCAGCGGCGCGUUGGUGAAGCACCGCGACGAGGCCGCUGGCGGGGACGACGACAACAACAGGAAGAAGAAGAAUUCCAAGAAGGACGGAGUGAGCCAGGACCUGGAAGCCGAGGCCGAGGCCGGUGCCGACGAGGAUCGAGAUGACAACGACGACGGUCGGGUCGUGCGGAAGACGGAGGCGGAGCGACGGUAUGAGGAAAGGAAGCGCAAGAGGCUCCUCGAACUCGCCGAGUCGUCCAGCUCCCGGCCCGAGCUGCUCAAGACGCACAAGGAGCGCGUCGAGGAACUCAACACGUACCUGUCUAAGCUGAGCGAGCACCACGACAUGCCCAAGAUAGGACCCGGCUAAAAACGGAGAAAACUGGUGGGAGGGGAAGGCGUCGUCAGGGCGCAUCAUGUGUGUGCAUCUCGGGAAUGGCGUUAUUUUGGGCCCUGGCGUUUUGUGGUCUAUACCCUCCAGAAGUCCUUUGGGAAAGAAAAUGUUUACGGAACCCCCGUGCAAGAGCAUCCUCUUCGCACAACAGCAGACACGAGAUGCGUCGCCCCUGAAAAGUGAAACAAAAACACUCACUGCCGAGAUCGCCUAGAAUGCGGCAAUCCCGGGGAUUAGGUCAUGGAUGUCGGCCUCAUUUUCACUGGCACGCGCGCUGUCUCGAAUCUUAAAAAGUCUCAAGUGAUAC